AUGGAUAUUCGGAGGGGGGGCUUUGUCUCCGGCAGUCCUUCACUCGACCUCUACGAUGGCAGAGUGCUGGCUGUGGAACAGCGGAGUAUCAUUGUUAACAUCAACUACAGGUAAGGCUGAGUAACUUGACAUACAUACUUGUGUUAAGAAACCUCGAUAACCUUAGAAUUUGAAUAUAAACUUGUCCUUUAAACCUCUACUUUAGGCUAGGGUCGUUUGGGUUUCUGUACUUCGGAGGACAGACCCAAUCGCCGGGUAAUAUGGGUCUAAUGGACCAGCAGAUGGCCUUGAAAUGGGUCCACCAACAUAUCGGGUCGUUUGGUGGAGACAGAAAGAAGGUGACAUUGUUUGGGGAAAGUGCCGGGGGGGCAUCUGUCACUUCGCAUUUGUUUGCCCCAGGCAGCAACGACUACUUCCAGCGUAUCAUCAUCAAUGUAAGUAGGAGGUACGAAGCUAGUAACUGUUACAGAGCGGUGCCAUCAUCAACAAUUGGGCUACCAAGUCGAAAGAUGUCAUGCUGGACAUGUCACUUAUACUGGCCAAACGGCUGAACUGCACCAAACCUGGCACAGCGUCGCCGUUGGAUGAUGUACAGUACAUACUGGACUGUAUGAGGGGCAUGUCUGCACAUACGAUACUACGAGAAGCUGACAAAGUGUCUGAUGCCUUGUCGUUACCCCUAACUUUUCCAUUCGUCCCCGUUGAUGAUGACGAUAACUUCUUCAAGGUAAGACUAACAGUUUCGUAUAUUAUCUUACUUGAAGUAGGUGUUACUUGUUACUGUUAAUGCAGGCAUAACUAAUUUCUAUUUAGGGCUCAUUAAUAGAGAAAAUAAAGACCAGAAGCUUCAAAAAGGACAUAUCGAUUCUGCUUGGUACUAUGAAAGACGAGGGUACCUACUGGCUGCCCUACUACUUGAGCCGUUACGGCUUCAACUUCAACCACACGUUGUCAUCAGAAGAUCGUCACAACCAAGCCUUGAUUUCUGAGUAGGUUGUUAUAUGUUGAGAACAUACAAUUUAUGUUGAUACCAUAUGCCCAUACAAUUCUUUUUAUCAAAGAUCCCUCCUUAUGAUCUAACUUUAGGUCCCAAUACCGAGAUUCGUUCGAAGCCUUCCUGCCCUACUUCGGAGGCUCUCAACUAGUACGCCAUGCUCUGAUGCACGCCUACGAACGGCUGUCAGAAUCAGAAACGAAACCAGAGCGUCUACGAGAUGGUGUAGCCAGAUUCGUAGGAGAUUACUUCUUCACCUGCUCCAUCAUCGACUUCGCUGACUUCAUAUCCGACAACGUGUUCGAUGCUGUCUUCAUGUACUACUUCACGAGAAGGUAUGCCAACCCAGACGUAUUAAGUUAAUGUUUAGGGCCUCAUCGAACCCUUGGCCAAAAUGGAUGGGAGCGAUGCACGGCUAUGAGAUCGAGUACUUCUUUGGUCUUCCCAAGAGACUGCCCCACCUUUACGACCAAGACCAGCUACAGUUGGAGCAGUCCUUCAGCAAAAAGAUCAUGGACUAUUGGGGAGAGUUCAGUCGGGGAAAGUGAGUAUCAUGCUUCCCAUUUUCAAAAAUAAGGUAGAAAUAAAGAGAUAAACUGUCAAUUUCAGUCCUCCCGCGCCGUUUUGGCCAAAGUACAAUAGCAUAACGCGGAAAGCGUUGGUUUUAUCAGAAGAACUUGUUACCGAAAACAGCCAUCAUAUCAACGUAGAUGUACAUGGAAAACAAUGUCGCCUAAUCAAGGAAGCCGAGCAGGUCGUCAGAAAAGGUGAUCAAAUAAUUUCAGAAAACAUUUUUGAAAUGUUAGCAAACAAGCCUCCCCCUCCCCUCUUUAAUGUAUAGCAAAUUAAUAGGCAAAAUUAUACCUUAUCCAAAGGUAAAACACAUUAUGAUUACCUUACAUUUAAACUAUGACAUUUCAGACUUUUACACCGACGACUUGUACAAAACCAAGGUUCGAGAAGAAAUGUCAAACUCCGGGUGGAAACAAAACUUGCCAGCUGUCUUUAUAUUAUCUUUGGUAAUCAUUUUGCAAUAA